AUGCAAUAUGACCUUUCAUCAUUUAAUGUACGAAUCAUACCGAUGACUGAAGCCAAACAAGAUUUAAUUGAAUUAUCAACAAAUCCUUUAGAUGUAUGGAUAAAUACACAUUAUGAUGAAUUGUGUGCAGGUAUGACGUGUAAAAAUGCUCUAUUCUGCAAACCAUCAGACAUGAAAGACAAGAAUUUCCAAAUGAGCAUUAAGGAUAAAUGUGAUAAGAAACAGGUAAGAAUAGAUGGUAAACAAACAUGGUGUUAUGUUUUGAAAGAAGAAAUGAAAGGAUUAUAUAAACAGGUUGAACCAAACGAUAAUGAGGAUUCAUUUACUGACGAUGAAAUACCUGUAAAUGAUGCUUUAUAA